UGUAAUGCCAGUUUCGACAUGGCCGAGGGGCAAACUCGGGUAGCUAAACAAAACUAGCACCCCACCAAGCCUCACCCUCCCCGUACCCGCCCUACUCCGGCUCGCCACUGCACAUCGAGGGCGUCACACGGGUCGGCCGGCCCAAAGUGCUCCGGGACAAGGCGAGUGUCUGGAAACAGAGGAAAAGCUACCUGAAAGAGUGGGAGCGGAGGAGCCCACAGGCAUCAUCGUCCACAGACAGACAUUAGAGGAUUUGGAAUUACAACCCACCCAGUCUCACUCACCACCCCCACCAUCCUCUGGAAGACAGCCAUGGGGAUCAAAAAGAGAAGGACCAAAAGAGUGAUUGUGGUUCCAGACGAUGUUCCCGAUGAGACAGACUCGUUAAAUUCACUGACUUGGCUCAACACCCUACUAAAGACCAACUUUCAGGAUGUGCAGCACAUUGGUUCAGGUGCGUGUCACUGCCAGAUGAUGUCUUGCAUUAUUCCGGGCUCAAUUGACAUGACCAGGGUAAAGUUUGAUGCACAAGCUGAAGAUGACUGCAAGCACAAUUUUAAUCUUCUCCAAGAUGCCUUCACCAACAACCAUAUCACAAAGAUCAUUCCAGUCGCCGAACUCAUAUCUGGGGAUUGUGAAACCAGUUUUGAGUUCCUGAAGUGGUUCAAAGCCUUCUACACAUCAAAUAUAAAAGAUGUAGAGUACGACCCUGUGACCGCUCGGAACAGCCGUGAUAUCACCCCAUACCUGCCGUCAAAGCAAUCUGAAAAAUGUAACGAUAAACUGGACCCACCCACUGAAGACUGUGGACCACAAAAAGUCGAACUGCCGCCCUUCAAUGAGUUCACUCUCAAAUGUAUUGAAAAACUCCGUGGUCACCAAACGUCAAGACAUAUUGCAGACUGUAAAUUGGGGCCCGAGUACCUGAAAUACAUUAGAGUACUUUGCCAGCAAACUCCAUACUGUGUUUACUUCUAUGAAGGGGUACCGCUUGAAAAGGAUGAGACCGUCUCUGUUGUUCUUGUUGGAUUUUUUGAUGUGGAAGCCUCUCGGCACUGCGUUAAAUUCCUGGCUGCUCUAAAGUCCCCAGCUGAUAAUGAAGGGAAGCAAACCGCUUCAGCAGUAGUGGAGACUUUGAAGAAAUUUGCCUUGCCCGUAGACACUUGUGUCGCUAUUUAUUUCAACCGUAAAGGUCCUGCAACAGAACACCUCAGCUUGCAACUCAGGGAGCUCAACCCAAACAUAGUAGACUUUGGAGGACUUUACAACAUUUCUGAUGUUGCUUACGAUGCAGCCAUGAAGAAGCUCUCCAGUCCUGUUCAAGAGCUCAUUCUGGAAAUCCAUGCUCACUACAUCUCCUGCGCUGAAAAGGACAAGAACCUCAAAACGCUUUUUGGCUCAGAUAGUUCAUCAUCUGUUCUGAACACCAGCUGCCAUAAUGUUCAUCAGACUGUCACCAAAAUGGUGGAAAUAUGGACAGACGUCAUCUUGUACUUCAACUCAUGUGACAUGAAAGAUUGCAAAAUUAAAUUCAUCAAGUCUCAACUAGAAGAUCCUAAAGUCAGAGCAACCUUCAUGUUCCUGGAGCAGACCUUAAAGCCUCUGCGCAAGUUCCAAACACAUCUUCAGGCAAACAAGGGAACCAGCAGAGCUGACUUGAAGCUCAUACUAGAAGAAGCCAGCAACCUCCUGCGCACAUACGCCGCCUCUUUCCUACAACCUGAUGGAGUAGCUCGGAUCUUGAAAGAACACGAUACAAAAAUCGUCCACAAUAAGAAGUUCCACCUGUUAAGCAGUAAACUCAGUUUGGGCGAUGACGCUGUAGAAGACUUACUGGGAAACUCUUCGGUGCUUGUGCAAUUCCAAAAGGAGGUGCUGUCAUUCUACAUGGCUCUCACCGGAGCGCUUGUACGGGAGCUGCCCGUCAGCGAGGAGAUCCUCAGCUGCAUGGCUCAGCUGCUCGAUCCCCAAAACAAAGUGACGGUAACAGCAAAAUCACUGGAGGUGCUGGGGACGCAGUUGGGAAUGUGUCAUUCCCCGGAGCAGGCCAGGCAGCUUUUCAGCGAAUUCCUUCAAUAUCAGCAGACUGAAACAGAGGCAGAAAUGGCGGACGACCACUGGGCCGAUGUCUUGAAGCAAACCAAACCUACAUCGGUUUUCAGAAAACUUGUACUAACUCUGUUGUGCUUCCCGUGUCCUCCCCUUGAUGCUCGGUGUGUUUUUACACAGGCUCUGGAAAUUGGAAAUAUGGAACCGCCGUCUGAGGAUGAAGCCUUAACACAGAGCAACUGUGUGGCCACGUCCAACAAUAAAGACAAAGAGGACGUGCCAGUCAAAAAUGUCCCAUCAGACCUCUUGUUGAAGCCGUGCCAAGUCCGCCUUACAAAACUAAAAGAUCUAACCAACAUAUAUGAUGAUCUUGGAGAGAAGACCUUCACACGCAAAAAGAGAGAUGAGGUCUCGUCAGCUAAGAAGGUGACCAAGGGGCGGCAAAAAGCAGAUUACCAGGACGGGAAAGGAUUUUUGACAGGAGAGCUUGUAUGGGGGAAAGUCAAGGGCCUUUCUUGGUGGCCUGGAAUGGUGGUACCUUGGAAGACCAAGUCUGCACCUCGGGGUUUUCGAAGGGUACAAUGGUUUGGAGAUGGAAUGUUCUCAGAGACCCCCACAGAGAUUUUGCUGUCUUUUCGCGUCUUCACUACAUGUAUCUGCAAAAAUUCACUCGCCAGCCUACCCACCUACAAGGAGGCCAUCUUCCAGAUAUUAGAGCUCGCAGGUGAACGCUGUGAGAAGUCAUUUGAAGACGCAAAGGGAGAUAAAGAAAAAGAACUGAAACUGAUGCUGGACUGGGCCUUUGAGGGAUUUCUACCUUCAGGACCAGAAGGAUUCACACCAGCUGUAGAUCCACAAAUAGAUUCCGACUCCACUCUGUCUGACUCCCAGCCGCCAGUCAAAAGGAAAUAUGGUGUAAAGAAUAGAUCGAGCACCUCCAACUACUUCUGCAGCAGAGAAUUUAUACGUGAGAGGCUUAAGGAAAAAGGCAUCAAAAUUGAAGAUCUUUGUUUGUCUUGUGGCUCCCCUGACAUUGAAGUGCAGCACCCUUUAUUUGAAGGCGGCCUUUGUACCAGAUGCAAGGAGAACUUCACAGAGACUCUGUAUCGCUACGAUGAAGACGGCUACCAGUCAUACUGCACUGUGUGCUGUGCGGGAAUGGAGGUCAUUCUCUGUGGCAACACCAGCUGCUGCAGAUGUUUCUGUAAGGACUGUGUGGAUAUCCUGGUCGCACCAGGAACCUUUGACAAACUGAAAGAUGUCGACCCCUGGAGCUGUUACAUAUGCCAGCCGGCACAGUGUGAGGGACACCUUAAACUCAGGCCAGACUGGAGUGUAAAGGUUCAAGACCUCUUUGUCAACAACAGUGCCAUGGAGUUUGAGCCUCACAGAGUUUACCCUUCCAUCCCGGCUGAUAAACGCAGGCCAUUGAAGGUUCUCUCACUCUUUGAUGGAAUUGCAACAGGCUACCUGGUGCUCAAAGACCUGGGCUUCAAAAUUGAACGCUAUAUUGCCUCAGAAAUAUGUGAUGACUCCAUUGCGGUGGGCAUGAUCAAGCACGAGGGAAAGAUUGAAUAUGUAAAUGAUGUACGCACCAUCACAAGGAAACAUCUGACUGAAUGGGGCCCAUUUGACCUGCUGAUUGGAGGAAGUCCAUGCAAUGACCUCUCCAUGGUCAAUCCCCUUCGAAAAGGAUUAUUUGAGGGCACUGGAAGGCUAUUCUUUGAAUUCUACCGCAUUUUGACAAUGUUGAAGCCAAAGGACGACGACAACCGUCCGUUCUUCUGGUUAUUUGAGAAUGUCGUGUUCAUGUCAGCCAGAGACAAGACGGACAUCUGUCGAUUCCUCGAGUGCAACCCAAUUCUUAUCGAUGCUGUGAAAGUCAGCCCUGCUCACAGAGCACGCUACUUCUGGGGGAACCUUCCUGGCAUGAACAGACCCCUCGCUAUCUCUCUGGAUCACAAAGCAUCUCUUCAAGAUUGUUUGGAAGUUGGACGUGUGGCAAAGUUGGAUAAAGUCCGAACCAUAACAACAAAGUCAAACUCCAUCAGGCAGGGGAAGGUAGGACUUCCUGUCACCAUGAAUGGCAAGGAGGACUACUUGUGGUGUACUGAAAUGGAACAGGUCUUUGGCUUCCCCAAACACUACACGGAUGUGAACAACAUGGGCCGCAUGCAGCGUCAGAAGGUGCUUGGUCGUUCUUGGAGCGUCCCUGUCAUCCGUCACCUCUUCGCACCACUUAAGGAUUAUUUUGAAUGUGAACAGCAGCAGUGAAGUCGGUAAAACUGCAGCCACAUCCUACCCUGAACUACUGGACAGUUUUUAAAAUAAGGAUCAAACGAUUUUUAUACUGCUUUCAGAAACUCUUGAGAAGGAAAUGUCUUUUCUUCAAUGGUGCUGUGAUCUACCAAUAUAGUGAAUAGUGGCCUGUAUCAGCAAGCAUACUGGUAUCUUUGGGCUUAGGACUUUCUAAGUAGACUACAGUGACACUAAGUGAUUAUAGCUGUCAUUCAGUGUCACCUGUUUUCUAAUUGAAUUAUGCCCAAAAAAACUCAAACUGAGAUGCUACUUGCUUCUUGACACAGGUCCCACAUCUCUACCUCAACUGUAUUUUCCAUUUUUUUUUAAAGCGUGGUUACUCUUUUUUUAUAGGUUAUAUUUAUUUUAUAAAUAUAAUUUUUUUUUCAACAGAAAUUAGCUGUCGUUAACCACCAUGGUUGACUUGAAAAUGCAAGAUUGCGGUGCUGGAUUUUGUACAACUCAGUUCUGAUUUUCUGAGUCUAGAUCUUUGUGAUUUUUUAUACUGCUAUUUUUUAAACUACUGUUUACAGUUCGGGUGUCCCUAGAAACAUACGCUCAGUGUCUCCGUGUUACUUACCGAAUCAUUCUAAUGUGACAGGAGGUUGACAAAAACAUGUUGCCUUAAGAUCGAAUCAUGUGGUACAUUCCUUGUCCCAGAAUGUGUCUAGCCAAAGUAUCCAAUGUAGAUUCAAGCGUGAUGAAAUCUCCGAUAAGGUUUUAAUUGUGUUUGUGUUGUCCCCUGUGCUAACUAUCUGCACACUUUUUUUUUUAAUUGUAAAAGGGAUGUUUUAGCUUUUAAGCAGUGUGUGUAUUUUUAAGGUGACAUGCAUACUUGGACACAAAUGAUAAGGAACUCAACCAGUGUUAAUGUUCAUUGAAGGAGCGAGUUUCGUAUAUGACGCUCAUAUUAACCUAGAAUUCAACUGUUUAAUGUUACACACAUUUUUAGCUGUCUUAAAACUAUUUUCUAUAUCUCUGAAUAAGUUCAAAGACAUGGUGCUUUGUCAUUUCUAAAUUUUAAACUAAGGACUAUCAGCAACAUGAUUAAAUGGAGCAAAACCACAAAUCAUAUCAAUAAUAUCAUUAAUAAUACUGCUAGUUAAAGGAAAAAAAAUAAUUGUUGCGAUUGUUCUGCCUUUAUUUGAACCUUCUUUUGCUUUAAACAUUUUGAACCGCUUUAAAUUCAGAUGUAUAACAGAUAAUCUGAUUGUGCCUGUUCACAAUUUUACAUGGGAAAUGAUUGGUUUUAAUUAAAAAAAUGAGUAAAUAAAACUCCACAGUGAAUGAAAUCAUUUGGACAUUGACGCUACCUCCCAGGGCUUAAGUAUUCUUUCCAUUUGUGAUGGAGUUUCAGUCUGGUUGCUUGCCUGUAUGUCCGGUUUUGUCAGCCCAGGAACGUCUUUUCCUUCCUGAAUCAGUUGCAUCACCUCAGCAAAGGAAAGCUGCUUUUCCUGUGACUCUUCAGACUUCCCAGCUCUUUGACUUUCAGCAUCAUCACAAGCCGAAGGCUCAACGCUGCAGCCUGUUUGAGUCACAUGACUGAAACCA